AUGGCACCAAAGCAGCAGCAGCGCCGUGCGCUGGCCGCCAUCCUGGUCGUGGCGAUGAUGGAGAACUGGACCAAGGCGCUGGCAUCCUGGACCUGCCCCACCAAUCCCGUCAACAGCGUCGGCUCAGCCUGCGAUCCCUGCGGCCAGCAGGUGUGGGGCAACUGGGAGCACCUGGCCUGCCGCGGCGCGCGCGUGACAUACACCAAGGAGCAGGUGCCAGGCACGGGCGUCAUCAACCAUGUGCACAUCACAGACUACUUCCUGGAGGGGGAGGUCCCGCUGGCGGAGCUGUGCCCGCUCACCAACCUGGUGGAGUUUGAUCUGGACGGCGGCAGCCUGACGGGCACCAUCCCCACAGGCUUUGCCCAGUGCUUCCCGGAGCUGCGGGAGCUGGACCUGUCGUACAACCGGCUGUCGGGGCCGCUGCCGCGCGAGAUUGCCGCGGUACAGACCCUGGAGCAGUACAAGGUGGAGCACAACCAGCUGACCGGCACGCUGCCAGAGGAGUAUGGCACGCUGGGGGAUAUGAACUGGCUCAGGUUCUCCGACAACAAGCUCGUCGGCACGGUGCCCGCCAGCUUUGCCCAAACAGCGCCCCACCUGUUUCAGCUCACCCUGGACAACAACGACUUUGAGGGCAGCCUGUACCCUCUGGCCGAGCACUCCAUGGUGAACUUCAACGCCGCCGAGAACCCCAAGCUGUGCGGCAUGGUCCCCGUGGGCCUCCGCUUUGCCCACGGCUUCAAUCCGCGCAUGACCGGCCUGGGACUGCCCUGCCCAGACGAGGUGGCCAAUGGAUGGCAGGACCUGUCGGAGGUGCUCUUCGGCUCUUCAGCCACCGGACCCUGGUGGGAGGCGUUACCUGCAGCUGAUUCACUCGGCACCCCCAUUCGCCUGUUUCGGAAUCCCACAACCAUGCCGCCAGUGCUACGGAGCUCCUGCGAAGUGGCGGGACCCUCCACUCCCCAUGGCCAGAAGGAGGACUGUGACCUGUGGCGCCGCGAGUGGGAGCGCGUGUACGGCGAGAUUGGGGCUGUGCAGCAGGCGGCGGCCAGCAAGGCCGGCGGCUGGAAGGCGCUCUUUGCUGCCCGCCACGCCGCGCUCAAGGAGGCCGAGCCCUGGCACAAGCCCUGCGCCUUCGAGGUGCAGGCAUCAGUCGACAUGCUGGCUGCUGUGCCGCCGCGGGCGGCUGGCAAGGAGGCGCGCGCUGCCGGCGCAGCCCAGGGCGUGGUGGAGGCUGAGGCCAGCGUGCCGCAGGAGGAGGGGCAGGAGGAAGAGGAGGAGCUGUGCGUGGUGUUCUUGGUGGAUGGCUCAGGCAGCGUGACUGAGGAGGACUUCCGAGUGAUGACAGGCUUUAUGCUGGCAGCCGUGCGCGGCCUGGCGGGCGGCGCGGCGGGGCAGGGGGCCGUGCCCCCGCUGCGCAGCAAGGUCGCCGUCAUCCAGUUCAGCAACGACAUACGGGUGGAGCAGGGCCCCGUGGAUGUGGAUGUGGGCGCGUUUGAGGCGCUGAUGGCGGGCAUGGCGCGCAUGAACGGCGGCACCAACAUCGCGCUGGCCGUGCAGAAGGCGGGGCAGCUGCUCAAGCCGCUCAGCGCCACCGCGCACCGCGUGCUGGUGCUGCUCACAGACGGGCGCAUCGACUCGCACCAGUCGCGCGAGGCCCGUGACAUGGCGGCGCGCCUGGGCGACGAGCAGGCCAACGUGCGGGUGCACGCCUACGGCGUGGGGCGCGGCGUGGACAAGCAGGAGCUGCUGCGCAUCUGCGCGGCAAGAGACCCCGACUCUGCUGAGGACAGGUACAUGGGCCUCAUGGUUCUGGAUGAGGCGCCCUGGUGA